CAAACCGUUUUUAAUGUGUGUCUGGCGAUGUGAUUUCCUUAAUCAGGCUGAAAAACAAGAGAAAAUCUUUUAAUCGAACGUCAACAAGUGUGAAAAGUGUAGAUACAUAAAAAAAGAUAUGAGUAAUUUAGAGAUACCCACGAAUAAAACACCACUUUUGGGUGUGAAUUUGUCACCAUCGUUGAAUACAUCACCAUCGUGUUCGACGUUUUUACCCGAAGAAGAUGCAUCAACCUGUCUCCUGCUACCGAACACACCAUCUCCUCCACCGCCAAUGAAUUUCAACGAUCCACUCACUCCGAAUAUUCUCAACGAAAACUGCUCGCAACAAGGAGACGAUUUUGUCAAUGAUGAUCCAAGGGCAGCCGAAGAGGAAACCAGCUCAUGCUCGGGCAGCUCCGGUUGCAUUGAAGGACAAGUAGUGGCUGGCACAACGACCGUAUUCAAUCCAAAUGUCUAUCAGCACCUGGGCAAAAAUGGUGAGGUUAUGCCAGAAAGCGAAACGCAAUUGCACGCACAUUUGAACUUACCCGACAGCAAAGACGUACCAUCAUUCGUAUACUGGAAUUGGAAAUUGAUUCGCCAAUGCUCAUUUCUCUUUUUUGUUGCUGGUGUCGUUGCUAUUGUUGCCACGGUCGUCUCAUUAAUUUAUUCAUUGCCAAAAACCUGCAAUCCAAAAACCGUAUGGUAUGAAGGGAGUGUUUUCUACGAAAUCCACCCGGCACGAUUCCCAGACUCAAAUAUUGAUGGUUUUGGUGAUUUGCGUGGUUUGGCGCAUCGUGUUGACUACUUGACCAAACUGGGCGUGGUUGGUGUCCGCUUGAAUUCAAUUUUCCCAUCGAAAAAUCAACCGGAACAUUUCCAAAAUGUAACCACACUUUUUGCAAUCGAUGAGGUGCUCGGCUCGGCAGAAGACCUGAAAACAUUGGUCAGAGCAUUUCACAAUAACAAUCUGUCGCUGAUUCUUGAUUUGCCGAUUUAUCCAUUCUUGACAAAGCUCGAGCCAGUGGUGACCAUUAUUGAAGAGAGCACAAAACAUCCGAUGAUUAUGGACGAAGGUGCACUUCGAGUGGCACGAGCAUCGAGUGAAAAAAAUAUCGUUGUUCAGGCACUUUUGCUUUGGAUGAAAUGCGGCAUCGAUGGAUUUUACAUCAAAGGCUUGGAAUACUUGCACGAUGAUCCGUUGCUUGUGGAUAAUAUUCGUGCUUGGAAGGCAUUGAUCGGUUCAAAUCGAAUUCUAAUGGUCAACAAUCAGUUGCUUGAGAAUGUUGACCGGCCAAUUGCUGAGGAUAUUGUAAGGAAUGUGGAUUUGGUUGACAUUUUCAUCGAUGUCACCAAUGGCACAAAACAAAUUGCACAACAAAUCAAUCAAAAAUUGAGUGGGCCACUGAAACCAGGCAAUGGAGCCUAUAUUCAAUGGAGUAUCGGCGGCAUAUCUGAACAACAAACGCACAAAUCGUACGAGCUAACCACCAAUGGUACUUUGGCUGCCACACUAAUGUCACUCAUGCUACCUGGUUCGCCGAAUAUUUAUCAUGGCGACGGUACCACUGAACAGAGCUCGCGCCAACAUUUCAGCGAACCUAUUGAUUCGAAACAUAUGCAUCGCCUACAAGGAAUGGUUUGGAAUACAGUGCCCCAGGUCACUGAUCAUGGUCUAAACCAUUCGGUACGCAUCAGUGCCGAUGAUUUUGAUACGAUUGCCCGAAUGAUUUCAUUGCGCGACAUCUCGCCGUCCAUCUACAAAAAUAUCAUCAAAAAAAAAGGAAAAUACGAAUCAAAUACAUCAGCAAUGUUUCAUGAGAAUGGCAAUAUUUUGAUACUAAUGCGAUGGUAUCCAAGACGAAAUACAUUUGUAUCAAUAUCCAAUUUUGGCAAUAACAAAAUAUCACUCGAUUUAACCAACUACUUUUACAGUGGCCAAAUUAUGCUUGGCGACAAAGUACAAGAGAAAAUCUAUUUUAAACAAUUUGAAAUUGGACCGAGUCAAACGAUCAUCGUCAAGCUUGAUAAAUAAUGUGAUGGAAUGUAAAAAGAAAUUCAAGCUCUCACAUGCUUGAAAACUCGUAGAUUUUUAGAAGAUGAAAAACAACAACAAAUACAAAUUUAUUUCACCGAAUUUAUUUGCACAUUUUCAAAUGGAAAUAAAUUCAUGUUAUUUUUUUUUUUUGAGUCGAUUGUUGAAUGACUACAAUUUGAUGUAAUAAAAAUUUAGAUCAUUUUUAAUAAAUAAAAUUUGAAGAAAAUUCAAUUUUGCAUUGAAUGCCAAAA